AUGCCUGCGUCCACAGAACAAGAGGCGCGAAAUUUCAUUAAUAAGAUAAGGAAAGAAAAUGGAGGACUCACACAAGAGCAGAGGCUACGUCUUGAGAAAACAGAGCCUGAAAUAUUAGAAGUAUUUGAUAAUGUCAGACGAAAACUUGGCGCUGCCUCCAAGGCUCUUGCGACCAACUUGUAUACCAAGGACACUCGCUUUGUCUACGAGAUCAUUCAAAAUGCAGAGGACAACGAAUACAGCCGUGCGAUGGCGGAAAGAAAGAAACCGUACCUAGCUUUCAAUGUCAAUACCGACCGGAUAGUCAUAGACUCAAACGAGGAUGGGUUCACGGAGGAAAACAUCGCAGCGAUUUCAUCAAUUGGACAGAGCACAAAAUCAGUGAAGAUAGGCUACAUAGGAGAAAAGGGAAUUGGAUUUAAAUCUGUCUUCAAAGUAGCCCGGAAGGUUCAGGUUCAAUCCGGCUUAUUCUCGUUCUCCUUUGAAUAUGAACAUGGGAGUGAUGAUGAUGGACUCGGAAUGGUUACGCCUUGGCCUGAGAAUCUCGAGAACCUACCAUAUGGUGUUCGGACGCGAAUAACAUUGUUUCUCCUUCGGACUUGUGACAGGGAGAAGUUGUUUAGAGAUAUCGAGGGUCUCCCCGACACACUUCUGCUCUUCUUGCGGAAGCUAAAAAAGCUCGACGUGAAAAUAGAAAGGCAGCCUGGUCAUGUUACUGUCACCAAAUACACGUUAUCAACAAGUGGCAGUCGUUCGAAGAUUACAAGGACUAUCGACUCGACUGUCACAGACUUUCAUUUUAUCACGGCUAGAAGACUCGUCCCAAACAUGCCAUAUGAUCAUGCACGUAAGCUAAUUCUCCGGACCAAGUCCAGCAAAAAGGACGAACGAGACUGGAUCAAGCAAGCAGAAGUUGUGUUAGCCUUUCCUGUUGAUGAGAAUGAUACACCACUUAUUGAUCAACAACAGCAUGUCUACGCUUUCUUACCCCUUCGUAAAGUUGGAUUCAACUUUCUCAUCCAAUCUGACUUUAUCACUCAAGCGAGUCGUGAAGAUGUGUUCGACCGACCGUGGAACCAAAGGCUUCUUGAAGAAGCUGCGGCACUCUUCGAAGCUACGAUUUGCACCUUCAUAGGCCUCGGAACUGACCUGUCUUGGAAAUGGAUUCGUUACCUGCCUACGAAAGGAAUAGUCGACGACUUUUGGAAAAAAUUGGAGAUGUUGUUGUUCUCGCGACUGCGGAACAGGGAGGUCUUUGAUUCGUUGGGGCAGGGUCAGUUCAAGCCUACGGAUUUACGAAUACUUUCUGAGAAAUAUCUCGAUGAGAAUUCCAAGCCGCUGCUUCCCAGCCCUCCAAAGAAACGAGGAUCGUGGGCGUACUGUUCUGAUCGAUAUCAAGAAGACAUUGAUAUCCCCAUUCUCAAGCACUAUGGAGCGAAGGAUUUCGAACUUUCGGAAUUCGUCGAUCGACUAAAGUAUGAUCUUAGACGACCAGAACCUCAAAUGCAUUCCGAUGACACAACUUCCGACUGGCAUAUUAGAGUGGCUCGCGUAUUGAUCAACGCAAUCCAGUCAGGUUAUUUGCAGCAGCUUAAGACCUUCCGUCUCAUCCGAACUAUAGUGCCAACGUGGAUAGCUAUGGAUGAAGGCCCCGUUUUUCUGCCAACGUCUGGUGGUAUUGAGCUUCCCAAGGAUCUGAAACUCAGCAUUAUCGACCCCAUAUGCCUUGAGAACCCUACACGUGAGAGCUUAUAUCAUAAACUUGGGGUCGAAACAUGCCCUCCAGAACUUGUUUUUCCCAUGAUUAAGCAAAAAUACGAAGCUUCUACGACCCAAGUUUCGUGGAUUGAUCACUUGGCUCACAUCAAGUUCUUAUUCUGGCAUCGUAAUCUGCUCAUUCCUGGACAGCGCUACAUAAUGGCGUUUUCUAGAAAUCAUUACCACUUUUGGUCAGAUCAAGCCUCAAUCGGCUGGGUCUACAGGCCAGCCGCAGAAGGUGUAAACGCAGCAUGCAAGCAUCUUGCUGUUGCAGUGGACGGAGAGCUCAAAAAUAUGAUCCACAUUUUGAAUGAUUCGUACGUUAACCACUUAAGUGAUAUGCCUAGACGCAAUAAUAUAUCUGCACUCACGUGGGUGUACGAGCAUUUUGGUGCUAAAACACAGCUCCAACUCUGGAGGAGAGGCGACCUUUUGAACAGAUCUCCAGAAUUUCAAUAUAUCUUGGAUAGAAAGCCAGAGAUAUUGUUGAGUAUAUUGGAAGAUUGUUGGGCCCAAUUUCAGACAAACUGGUCCGAUACGAUUCGAGGCUGCCUCAUACCCAUACUCAAUUCUUCGAGCAAAAAACCCCUUCAGCAGACGGUGCUACCAGUGCCAAAGCUGGUCUCCAUUGUUGAUCGACUUGGGUUGCGUCAGGACUUUGGCUUUAUAAAAGAGCUUGAAGGCAUCACGGACAGUAUUGCAGGAAAAUGGUACUUUCUUGAGCAACUUGGCGUGAUCAAAGAUGAUGGAUUUAGCUUUUGGCUCGCUGUCCUCAAACAUGCGAAAAAUCUGAACAUCUCGAACAUUAACGUUGUCUCCGAAAUCUAUCGAGAACUGCAGAAUACCUGCCGUGAAGAAUUUCAAAGAAAGGAAAUAGAGCGCUGUUUUUCGAGCGACUCUCUCAUGUUUAUCCCUAGUUUCUUUGGGCAAAAGUGGACCAGCCAUAAGAAUACCUGCGUGUGGGAGGCCCCGUCCUGGUUUGUUCAUUUAUGCAGACUCAAAGAUAUUGAGCAAUACCGAGGCCUCCAGGAGCUUUUUUGUCACAUUCUUGACAUUCCUAACGCUGGUCUAGACGAUUUUCUCGACAAUGUUCUCUCUCUCCAGAGAGGAGUGAUUACCGCCGACUUCGCUAAUCGCGUUCAUCGGGAAGACCUAUCGAAUCUCUAUAAGGAGCUAAGUACUUAUCGCAAUCAAGCAGACUGUAUGACAAUUCGCAACCGCUUUCAAAGUGAACGACUUAUUUAUCACCCCCAAGUUAACUCAUGGCAUAGCCCAACAGAUUGUGUUUGGGCUGAAGAUCACAUUAAGCUACAAGGAAAAGUUUCCAUCGCUACCGAAUACAAGGAAUCUGAAUAUCUGUUUGUGGAAAUAUUGAAUAUUGUGGAGCCUACUUUGGAAAUGCACGUGCGAGCGUUGGCAGAUAAAGCACUAUUACCACGAGCCAAAAAAGAGAUGUUCCAUGAAAUGCGACUAAUCUGCGCCUUCGAUCCGAAACCCGAUCAGCUCGAGUCUUUGCGGAACGCCCUUUGUCUACCAAUACGCACAGUUGACAAGAGGCUCGAGUGGGUUCGUCCCUCGUUCGAAGACUUCGUUAUUGUCGAUCGCAAAGAGUACGGUGACAUGUUCGAAGGCAAGGUCAACGUUCUCGACUUCAGUCUUGAAGAAGUGCAUCAGUUGAGGACUUUCUUGAUCGCACUAGAUCUUGGAAGACGCUUCAUGUCCGAGGCAGUCGAGGAGAAAACUCGUGUUUCCGGUGAAUUGCGAUUAGACAAUGAUCUAACGAGAGAGAUGCAGAGAAAGGCGUACGCUAUUUGCCGGUAUGCUGCACAUUUGCACAGUCCAGAAGCAAAAGAUCGUACAGAGUCAACGUUGUCGAUGCUACAAACGCUUACGGUAUUCAGAAGCGACCGAAUUUCAAAGGUCGUGACAAUAUCACAAAGUGGUGGACCGAUAUCAGUAUAUGGAGAGUCGGCUCUGUUUCACAUUCAGAGUGUAGAGAACAAACUCAUACUCUAUGUGCCUGCCAAUGAGCGCGAAAGAUACGUAUGCAAAUGUCGGGCUUUCCCUCAAGGGUUGCUGGCGUAUUUGGGUGUCGCGAAGCAUUCAGAAUCGGCUUUCCUCACUCAGAUCAUUGACGCACCGACCCUGGACACGGUUGAUUUCAUGCUCGUGGAUGCCGGGAUCAUCUCUCUUCCAAAUGACUCUGCUUCUGCGCCAAAAGAGAACAAGAUUGCAACGCCAACCAAAGGAUAUAUCCGUCGGACUGAGAAGACUAAAACGGUUGUCUUUGGCUCUCGCGUGACCGAAAGCGCCGAGUUGUUUCAAUUUGGCUAUCAAACUCCCAGAAGCCCAAGUCUAUCGCCUGUUUAUGGUUCGGCUGCUCCGCCGUCCGCUCUUCCACGUAUUGAAAGAGGAGUUACAGCUCACAGUAGCGAGCAGAUCGAAUCUUUGACUUCAGCAUUAUCGAUAUUUAAUCUAUCACCGCUGCACGACGAAGCGAAUGAAAAAUACAAGAUUUUACUAGACUUUGUCAUCAGAGGUGCUCAAUCUCUAGAUACCAUACCAAAUAAGCAUCAAGUCUCGGUAAUCCCGAAUUAUGUCGAACGUCGUCAAGACCUGAAUGAUGUCUGGUUCCUACACCAGGCUGAGGGAGAGAGAAGUUUCAAAAUAGGUGCGGCCGGUGAGCUUUUUGUUUUUGAACUGCUAAUGAGACUUCGUUUACCGGGCUUCUGUCGCGACAACUGGCAAAGCAAGCUCCGGCAAAAAAUCAGCGUACAUGACUCCUAUUCCGACAUGAUGCCGUGGACAGGAACGGAGAGCUCCGACAUUGUUUAUAACGAUGGGGAAGGCGCUCUCACUAACUUGCUUAUCGACCGUGGUUACUUAGAUGUGCGACUUUGGAGAGGUGGGCGUCCAAGGUAUCACAUCGAGGUCAAAGCGACUAUAGGCGAGAACGAAACGCCGUUCUACGUGAGCCAAAGUCAGUUCACAAUGAUGGAGGACAUGAUGUUGCCUGAGAACGAUUCCAGCGAAACAAUAUACCUCAUCGCGAGAGUCUUUUGGCUUGGGAGCAGAGGUAUGGGGAUCAAACUCUAUGUUGAUCCCGCUCGAUUGCGUCUAAAGCGAGAGCUCGAGUUCAAAACGGAUAUGUUUGAGGUGACACCUGCCCUUCUAGCUCAAGCAUAAAAAGUGCAAGCUAUAUGCAAUGCGGGAUGCCGACGAAAAGGGCCUGGUUGAACUUGUAUUAUC